AUGCCACCUACCCAGCCUAAAGAGUCUGUGUACACCACAAUAACCCCGAACAGACUCUUCAAAGAAAACAAGAUUUUGGUGAAACAGUCACCCAUGCUUGUGGUGGAUAACAAUGACGUCACCCUCAGCUGCAGGUACUCUCACAACCUCCUCUUGAAGGAGUUCCGGGCAUCACUGUACAAGGGAGUGAACAGUGAUGUGGAAGUCUGUGUUGCGAAUGGGAAUCUCACCUCUCAGCUUCAGUUCCACUCAAAUGUGGGGUUCACCUGUGACGGGAAUUUGAACAAUGAAACAGUGACAUUCUACCUCCGGAAUCUGCACGUCAAUCAAACAGACAUAUACUUCUGCAGAGUUGAGGUCAUGUACCCUCCUCCUUACCUAGACAACGAGAAGAGCAAUGGAACGAUUAUUCACGUGAAAGAGAAACAUCUUUGUCAUGAUCAGACAACUCCUAGGCUGUUCUGGGCACUGGUCGGGGCUGCUGGAGUCCUGUUUUGUUAUGGCUUGCUAGUGACAGUGGCUCUUUAUAUUAUCUGGACAAAUAGCAGAAGGAACAGACUCCUUCAGAGUGACUACAUGAACAUGACGCCCCGGAGACUCGGGCCCACACGCAAGCAUUACCAGCCCUAUGCUCCAGCGAGAGACUUCGCAGCCUACCGUCCCUGA